GGUACCCCACCUCCCUCUCUCCCCUUCUUUGUUUCUCUAGUACUGGGUUCUCCAAAGAAACAAGUAAUUAAAAAGGAGAAUCUCAAAUCUCACGGCCCUGGUUCAUAUCCCAGCUUUGCCACUACCCAGACUUGGGAAUCUGGAUGAAUCCAUUAUUUCUGUACACUGGGUGUUUUUGUAGGAAGUUUGUUUCCCCCAUCUGUAAAACACAAAUUAUAAUCUAGUCCCUUCUUCCGUUAGGAAGUAAAUUGUAAGUGGACAGCCUUCAGCACAGUGCCUGGCUCAUACGUACACUCAGUAAAAGCUGUAGGAGACAGCUAGCCCUUAGCGAGUCUGUGGAGUGAGUGUUUCCUAAGCUUUGAAGAGUAAAGCUAUGCUAUGCAGAUGUGUCAGUUAGCGUAUGGGUUCAAACGUGGUGACAAGAGGAAUGACGGCUUGGGACCAAUGGAAGAUAAUUCUCACACACGAGAAGCCUGUGGAAUGUAUUGUCACUCUCUCCUGGUUGCCAAGCACAUUCUGCCUUUUCCCCCAAAACCGUGAUGUGACGGUUCGUCUCUGCGUCAAGUACAUCGGUGUCAAAUAAAUGAUUGGAUUUUUUUUUUAAGGCUAAGCCUGUUUUUUUUUUUAACGACCAUCCAAAUACCCAUCUACGCCAAGUUACCUAAUGAGGGACCCCUCGGGGUCCAGGAUGGCGCCCACUGCGCAGCCGUAGAGAUUACAGGCGAAUCCCUAUUGGCUGGUAGCGCGGGGCAGUGUUCUCGCGAGAAGCGGCGCGGCGAGGCUCGGCGCAUGUCCAGUCCGAACCCGACGCGGCCGUCCAUCCGUAUACAGGGAUACGCUGACGCAAAUUCCGGUCCGCACCCCACCCUUUCUGCAAUCGGAAGUCCGGAGAAGAGCCGGAAAUCCGGGGAACUGCCGGAAAUCCGGAGAAGAGCCGUGGGGUGACCACGUAGGGGUCAGAGCAAACGUGGGGGUCAGUGGAACGGAAGUAAUCGGAUCUUACGCAGCCGUAAAGCGCCUUCGGUCGAACUAUCUUCCGGUUAGCGACAACGGACGGCUCGGACGCCGGUGCCAUCCUUCCUGUAGACCGCGACUCCGGUUGGACCUUCGGCGAUCCACGUUUCGCCUCAGCUCUUCCCUGUCGGCGCCCCUUCACCAAGAUCAUGUUCAAGAAAUUUGACGAGAAGGAGAGCGUGUCCAACUGCAUCCAGCUGAAAACCUCCGUUAUUAAGGGUAUUAAGAGCCAACUGACCGAACAGUUCCCAGGUAUCGAGCCGUGGCUUAAUCAAAUCAUGCCUAAGAAAGAUCCAGUCAAAAUAGUGCGAUGCCAUGAACACAUGGAAAUCCUUACAGUCAACGGAGAAUUACUGUUUUUCAGGCAGAGAAAAGGACCUUUUUAUCCAACGCUAAGAUUACUUCACAAAUACCCGUUUAUCCUGCCACACCAGCAGGUCGACAAAGGAGCCAUCAAAUUUGUGCUCAGUGGUGCAAAUAUCAUGUGUCCAGGUUUAACAUCUCCUGGAGCGAAGCUCUACGCUGCUGCAGUAGAUACCAUCGUGGCGGUCAUGGCAGAAGGGAAAGAGCAUGCCCUGUGUGUCGGAGUCAUGAAGAUGGCUGCAGCAGACAUUGAGAAAAUCAACAAGGGGAUCGGCAUUGAAAAUAUCCAUUAUCUAAAUGACGGGCUGUGGCACAUGAAGACAUAUAAGUGAGCCUUAGAUGCAAUGCACUUGAGCUAAAUAUAAAUAUUGUGUUGUAUCUGU